GAAGGUUGGUUGUUUUUCUUCAUUGUGGCAAUGAAGCAAACACUGACCACUUGUAGCUGACCUUUUGUCUCCCUCCAUCUCCCAUAAAGACACUUUGAUAAACUGAAUAAUUCCUCCCCCCUUUCCCUAUGGAAAUACAAUGCUAGUUGGGAGGUGUAGAGAGACAGCCCAUUUAUAGGAGUGGUCCUUUGGAAGCCUGGAAGCCUUUAAAGAGCAGGACUGAUAAGAGAUUUGAGUCACUUGGAAUUGUCCUGGGCUAAAAGCUUGGAUACCUUAAGGUUACAAAAGGAGGCAUGGACACAGUGGAAGUGUUCGAGACUGAAGGCAAAGGCAGGGGACUGAAGGCAGCAAAGGAGUUUUGGGCAGGAGAUGUAAUUUUUGCAGAACGAGCCUAUGCUGCAGUAGUAUUUGACAGCCUCACACAUCUUGUCUGCCACACGUGCUUUAAGAGGCAUGAGAAACUCCAUCGCUGUGGCCAGUGCAAGUUUGCCCAUUACUGUGACCGGACCUGCCAGAAAGAUGCCUGGGUGAACCAUAAGAGUGAGUGUUCUGCCAUCAAGAAACAUGGGAAAGCACCCAAUGAAAAUAUCCGGUUGGCUGCCCGAAUCAUGUGGAGAAUAGAAAGAGAAGGAGGAGGGCUGACAGAAGGAUGCUUUGUCUCCAUCGAUAGCCUGCAGAACCAUGUGGAGCAUUUUGGAGAAGAGGAGAAGAAAGAGCUCAGGAUUGACCUGGAGAGUUUCCUGGAGUUCUGGCCAUCCGAGAGCAAGCAGUUUGGCAUGCAGUACAUCUCUCACAUCCUGGGUGUGAUCAACUGCAAUGGUUUCACUCUGAGUGACCAAAGGGGGCUGCAAGCAGUUGGUGUAGGUAUCUUCCCCAACCUUUGCCUGGUAAAUCAUGACUGUUGGCCCAACUGUACGGUUAUCUUCAAUAAUGGCAAUCAUGAGGCUGUAAGAUCAUUGUUCCACACCCAGAUGAGGAUAGAGCUGCGUGCAUUGGGAAAAAUCUCCGUAGGGGAAGAACUGACCGUUUCUUACAUAGACUUCCUCAAUGUGACCGAAGACAGAAGACAGCAGCUGAAAAAGCAGUAUUAUUUUGACUGUGCUUGUGAACAUUGUCAAAAAGGCAUCAAAGACGACUUGAUGUUGGCGGUGAAAGAGGGGGAAGAAAAGCCAUCUCAGGAUGUGGUCAAAGACAUCAUCCAGUUAUCGAAGGACACACUAGAAAAAAUUGACAAAGCUCGAUCUGAAGGAUUAUACCAUGAAGUUGUAAAGCUGUGCCGAGACUGUCUGGCAAAGCAGGAACCAGUUCUAGGAGACACAAACAUUUACAUGCUGCGGAUCCUGAGUAUUUUGUCAGAAGUUCUCUCUUAUCUCCAACUCGUGGAUGAAGCAGCUGGCCACUCAAAACGGAUGGUGGAUGGCUACCUGAAGCUGUACCACCCAAACAAUGCACAGCUUGGGAUGGCCCUUAUGAGAGCAGGAGUGACACACUGGCAUGCAGGUCUCAUUGAAGCAGGGCAUGGGAUGAUUUGCAAAGCCUACGCUAUUCUUCUUGUGACACAUGGCCCCACACACCCAAUUACCAAAGAUUUGGAGGCCAUGAGGAUUCAGUCUGAGAUGGAGCUGCGCAUGUUCCAGCAGAAUGAGUUUAUGUACUAUAAGAUGAGAGAGGCAGCUUUGCAGAACCAGCAGAUCCAGAUCUUGCCUGAGCCCACCAAUGAGAUUUCACCUGGCAUUUUCCAGAAGAAGCAAUAACAGGCUGCUUGGAUGCCCUGCCUGGACAAGUAGUAUCAUAUGCUACAAGCUGGCGCAGCAUCUAAGUGACAUGCCAAGGAAAACGUUGGUGUUUCAAUGCUGAGUAUUUGAAUCUCCAGCAGAUAGCGCCAGAGAGAAACAUAUUUUCUACAUCUCAGCUUGUUGGUUUAUAAGUGUUUCAUCAAGAUUGGUCUCUGUGUGUCACUCUCACUGUCUCUCUCUCAUACACACACUUAUAUUUACUAAGAUUAAUUAUUAAUAAAAUUAUGACAGUGGCACAUAA